AUUUUGAGAGCUUGAGAGAUGAAUGCAGCAAGCCAAUUUCAAUGACCUAAAAGUCGUAAUAAAUACAAAGGAAGUGGUCGCACUUCUUGUAGUUGUGGAUUCAGAAAUAUGGAUUGCUUGGUUCUGAUUCUGUGUCUGUACCUCCUCUGGGGCUUGUUCCAAGCUCUCUCCUUCGUCGCCAACAGGGGCCAAAGAGCUCGGCCCUCCAACCUCCCCCCUGGUCCGCGGCCUCUCCCGAUCAUCGGCAACCUCCUCGAGCUCGGAGAUCUUCCCCACAGGUCCCUAGCCAAGCUCGCCCGCACCUACGGCCCCAUCAUCAAACUGGAACUUGGCUUCGUGACUACGGUGGUGGUCUCUUCGCCGAUGCUCGCCAAAGAGAUCCUCCAGACCCACGACGCUGUCUUCUCGAAUCGCACGGUUCCCAAUUCCAUCACGGCCCAUGACCAUGACAAGCUAGGCUUGCCCUGGCUACCCGUUUCGCCUCUCUUCCGAAACCUCAAGAAAGUAUACAACUUGCAUAUCUUCUCCAGCAAAAAACUUGAUUUGAACCAACACCUUCGCAGCAAGAAAGUUCAAGAGCUGGUCGCCUUCGUGAGGAAAUGCGCAGAUGCCGGCGAGGCGGUGAAUAUCGGGGAGGCGGCUUUCAGGACCAGCCUUAACGCGGUAUCAAACACUCUUUUCUCUUUGGACAUGAUAGAACCUUUGAAUCCAGCUGGAGAGCUGAAGGAGGUCGUGUGGCAAUAUUUUUUUGAGAUUGGAAAGCCUAACCUGGCAGAUUACUUUCCCAUGCUCAAGAAGAUCGACCCGCACGGUUCGAAGCGUCACCUUGAGGCGCUUAUCCAGAAGUUGUUCGACUUUUUCGAUGGUGUGAUCCAGAGAAGGUUGCAGCUGAGGACAGAGAAGGGUUGCGUGAGGUGUAACGAUGUUUUGGAUUAUCUCCUUGAUUUAAUUGAAGAUAAAAAUGAGACCCUGGACAUCUCCCUAGUCAAGCAUCUAUUUCUGGACACAAUCACCGGCGGUAGCGAAACCACUUCGAGCACUCUGGAGUGGGCAAUGACAGAACUACUUCGCAACCCGGAAAAGCUAUCAAGAACCCAAGCUGAGCUCCAUCAAGUCAUUGGCAAAGGCAAGACGAUCGAAGAAGUCGAUAUUUCUCGCUUACCCUAUUUAGAAGCUGUCUUGAAAGAGACUUUCCGGUUGCACCCAAUAGCUCCUCUCCUUCUUCCUCGAAAAUCUGGGGAAGAUUUUCCUAUAGGCGGUUUCACCAUUCCAAAGGGUGCACAGGUUUACAUAAAUGUGUUCGCGAUAGGACGAGAUCCGAGCACUUGGGAUGAUCCAGACAAGUUCGUGCCCGACAGAUUUCUUGGAUCUGAUAUUGAUUUUAGGGGACAAAACCUUGAGCUGGUACCGUUUGGCGGUGGCAGGCGGAUUUGUCCGGGGUUGCCAUUGGCCGCGAGAAUGUUGUGUUUGAUGCUCGGUUCGCUCAUCAACAUAUUCAAUUGGAAGCUCGAAGAUGGUGUUAUCCCCGAGAACAUGAACAUGGAAGAAAAGUUCGGAUUAGCCGUCCAAAAGGCUCAAUCUCUGAAAGCUGUGCCCAUUCCUAUAUGAAAGAAGAAAAAGAAAUGCAUGUUCGCGUUACAUUCUAUGUAAUUAUGUGGUACCCCUGAACACCUAAGGUUGCCACAGCCUGCCCAUCCUUUAUCUCAAUAAGAUAUCCGUUACUCUU